AUGGCACCCAUUAAGUUAAACCGCAUGAAAGAACUACUAGCUGCUAAUGUAAACCGCGUGAAAGGACUACUAGCUGGUUGCUCCUCCGAAGAUGAAGAGAGUUCUUCUGAUGAAGUUACUUCCUCCGAUGAUGAACAAACUGGAGAACCCACAAAACCUUCUCCUCCUCAACAAACCCAGAAAACAACCCACUCUGUUGCUCCUGCCCCUCAAUCCAAUUUCUCUAGCUCCGAAGAAGAUUCCGAACCCAUGGAAGCCACCACUUCAAAACCAAGGUCGAAAGCUCCGGAAAAACGCCCCAGUGACACGGAAGAGUCUCUAAAGGACUCGAAACGGGCGAAGAAGAAGGAAAUGGGUGCGGAUCCGGAUGAGGAGGAUCAGAAGAAGCCGGGAGAUGAUACGAAGAAACUGCAGCCUUUUCAAAGGGUAUGGAGCGACGAGGAUGAAAUUGCUGUAUUGAAGGGGUUGAUUGACUUCACCACGAAAAAAGGGAUGGACCCGUAUCAGGAUACGAAUGCGUUUCAUCAUUUUAUCAAGAAAUCGUUUCACGUGGAAUUUACAAGAAUUCAAGUGAUGGAAAAGAUUAGGAGAUUAAAGAAGAAGUAUGAGAACAAUCUUGGGAAGAAAGGUGAAGAUAGUAGUUUUUCGAAACCCCAUGAACAAGAAGCUUAUGAUUUGUCUAAAAAGCUAUGGGGCAAUGGAAGUACUAGUGGUGUCCUUGAAUCUGUGGCAAAGUCUAACAGCAAAGCAACAAAGAAUCAAAACCAGAAAGGGAGCCUGCUUUUGUUUGAUAAAAGUGUUGGAAUGGCUGGUUUGGAGGAGUUUGUAAUGAACCAGGGUUUAGAUAUGAUUGGAGGAGCCAAGAAAAUGGAAUUGGAGGAAAGGUGGAAGAAGUUGCAGAUUGCUCGGUUGCAGUUGUUUGUGGAACAGGCUGAUCUGAUUAAGGAGCAGACUGAGUUGGUUUUGGAGGCCAUGAAAUCAUCCGGCCGCUAG